ACUGUUGAACUCGUCGCUCACUCCGUUCGAAGCCUUGGGAGUGGAGAGAAGGCCGGAGAGUUCUCCUCUUCUUUACAACACUGACAGCUCACACUCUCUCUCUCUCUCUCUCUCUCUCUCUCUCUCUUCCGAGUACAAAAGGCUCCUGUGGAUCAGAGAUCGAAUACUUCAGGCUUACCGACUUCUUCAUUCAUUACCUCUGAACAAACAGAGGCACACUGAGGACAGGCACAGAGAGAAGGGGGGACUCCCAUAUUUUAUUUUUCUUUGUUUGUUGUUUUCUUCUCCCGCCCUUCUCAUCGGUAACCCUUUUAAUGGCGCCGUAGCAGCUAGAGACUCUCUUUUGUAUAGAUCUCCCCAUUUAUUUCAACCCCAUUUAACCAUUUAUUAUAGAGGCGAAGGUCUGGUAGAGAGAACAGGAGGACGUGAUGGGGGACAACAGGUUUCUCUGUUCUCUCCUGCUCUUCCUUUUUCUUCUUUCUUGCGUCAAUGCCGAAGACCCUUACAGAUUCUUUACAUGGAAAGUUACUUACGGCGAUAUUUAUCCUCUCGGAGUAAAACAACGGGGUAUAUUGAUAAAUGGCCAGUUUCCAGGUCCUCAGAUCGACUGCGUUACUAAUGAUAACUUGAUUGUCAGUGUUUAUAACUACUUGGACGAACCAUUCCUCAUCUCAUGGAAUGGCAUACAGCAGAGAAGGAACUCCUGGCAGGAUGGUGUCUAUGGCACCAAUUGUCCCAUUCCCCCUGGCAAAAACUUCACUUAUGUUCUUCAAGUGAAGGAUCAGAUUGGCAGCUUCUUCUACUUCCCUUCUCUUGGAUUCCACAAGGCUGCAGGAGGGUUUGGUGGCAUCAAGAUCAACAGCCGUCCAAUGAUUCCUGUCCCUUUCCCUCCUCCUGCUGGGGAUUUCACAGUAUUGGCUGGUGAUUGGUUCAAGAAUGACCACGCUGCUUUGAGAGCAAUCUUAGACGGUGGUCACAACCUUCCAUUCCCCGAUGGACUUCUCAUCAAUGGCCGUGCCUGGAAUGGUUAUACAUUCACAGUGGAUCAAGGUAAAACAUAUAGGUUCCGGAUAUCGAAUGUGGGUCUCACGACGUCUAUCAACUUCAGAAUUGCGGGUCAUAAGAUGAAAUUGGUGGAGGUAGAAGGAUCACACACACUCCAGAACACCUAUUCUUCUCUUGAUAUCCAUCUGGGACAGUCCUACUCUGUGUUGGUUACUGCUGAUCAGCCUGCACAGGAUUAUUACAUUGCUGUUUCCACCCGCUUUACAUCCCCAGUCCUCACUACUACAGCCAUUCUUCACUACAGUAACUCUUAUGUACGGGUGUCUGGUCCUCCACCUGGUGGUCCUACCAUUCAGAUUGACUGGUCACUCAAUCAGGCUAGAUCUAUCCGUUGGAAUCUGACAGCAAGUGGUCCAAGACCUAAUCCCCAAGGCUCUUACCACUAUGGGUUGAUCAACACCUCCCGCACAAUCAGGCUUGCCAACAAUGCACCUGUCAUCAAUGGUAAGCAAAGAUAUGCCGUCAACAGUGUGUCCUUCGUUCCUGCGGACACACCACUGAAAGUUGCUGACUACUACAAGAUCCCCGGUGUCUUCUACCUUGGAAGCAUACCAGAUCAUCCUACUGGUGGUGGUGGUUACCUCCAGACUUCUGUCAUGCCUGCUGAUUUCCGUACUUAUGUUGAGAUUGUGUUUGAGAAUUGGGAAGAUACUGUGCAGUCAUGGCAUAUAGAUGGCUAUUCCUUCUUUGUUGUCGGGAUGGAUGGAGGAUCAUGGUCGCCUGCAAGCAGAAACGGUUACAAUUUGAGAGACACAGUUGCUCGUUGUACCACUCAGGUGUACCCCAAGUCAUGGACUGCAAUUUACAUGGCAUUGGACAACGUCGGAAUGUGGAACAUCAGAUCCGAGAACUGGGCCAGACAGUACUUGGGUCAGCAAUUUUAUCUUCGCGUUUACUCUCCUGCAAAUUCAUGGAGAGAUGAGUACCCUAUCCCAAAGAAUGCUCUUUUAUGUGGUCGGGCUUCAGGACGCCGAACUCGGCCUCUCUGAAUCGGCUGGACCCAGAUUCCGUCACGAGAGGGUGACUGGUUCUUGGACGUUCAAUAUUAGGAAACGGGUCUAUACAGUAAGAUGUUAGUAGGGCUCAGCUCGAGCAUGGAUAUUUUAUUUUAUGUUUCUUUCUUUUCCAUUAUUUCUUGUGGUGUUUCCGGUUAUUGGUCUCUAGAUAGUUAGUGGACAUUAUUUUUCAUGGUUUGUUCUACCACCAGAUUUAGUGGUGAUAAAUGCAAUUCAUGAGAGGAUUUCAAGCUUCUACUA